CCGGAGUGUGAUGCACAAACACCUGGAGAAGAUGGGCGAGGUCAACUUCGACAAAAUCUUCAACCAGAAACUCGGUUACCUCCUCUAUAAAGACUUCUGCAAGACGGUGUGCGACGACCCGGUCCCUCAGCUGGAGUUCUACGAGCAGAUUAAGGCCUACGAGAAGAUCGACAACGCGGAGGAGAGAAGACGGGUGGCUCGGGAGAUCUACGACAAUUUCAUCAUGAAGGAACUCCUGUCCAACACGCACCGACAAGUACACAAGAUUCUGUCAGUGGAAAAACCUAGAACUGAAUAUCCAGCUUACCAUGAACGACUUCAGUGUGCACAGGAUCAUCGGUCGCGGCGGCUUCGGGGAGGUGUACGGCUGCCGCAAGGCCGACACGGGGAAGAUGUACGCCAUGAAGUGUCUGGACAAGAAGCGCAUUAAGAUGAAGCAAGGAGAGACUCUAGCGCUCAAUGAACGCAUCAUGCUAUCUCUAGUCAGCACGGGGGUUGAUUGCCCCUUCAUUGUGUGUAUGACCUAUGCCUUCCACACACCAGAUAAGCUGUGUUUUAUAUUGGAUCUGAUGAAUGGGGGGGAUCUCCACUACCAUCUGUCACAGCAUGGUGUCUUUAACGAACAAGAAAUGAGAUUCUAUGCUGCAGAGGUGAUACUAGGCCUAGAACACAUGCACAGGCGAUUCAUUGUAUAUCGAGACCUUAAACCAGCAAACAUACUUUUAGAUGAGCAUGGGCAUGUCAGGAUAUCAGAUCUGGGACUGGCUUGUGAUUUCUCUAAAAAGAAGCCACAUGCAUCUGUAGGAACUCAUGGGUAUAUGGCCCCAGAGGUGCUCAGUAAGGGCACUGCCUAUGACAGCUCUGCAGAUUGGUUCUCCUUCGGUUGCAUGCUUUACAAGCUGCUAAAGGGCCACUCCCCCUUCAGGCAACAUAAAACCCGAGAUAAACAUGAAAUUGACCGUAUGACACUUACAAUGAAUGUGGAACUUCCUGAUACAUUUACACAAGAACUCCGGUCCCUUUUAGAAGGUUUACUUCACAGAGAUGUUGACAAGAGACUGGGCUGUAAAGGAAGAGGGGCUGAUGAGGUUAAAGAACACCCUUUCUUCGGAGGCCUGGACUGGCAGCAAGUCUACCUCCAGAAGUACCAACCUCCUCUCAUUCCUCCAAGGGGAGAAGUCAAUGCUGCUGAUGCCUUCGAUAUCGGGUCUUUUGAUGAAGAGGACACCAAAGGCAUUAAGUUAAUGGAAGCAGACCAAGAUCUUUAUAAAAACUUUCCAUUGGUAAUAAGUGAAAGGUGGCAAACUGAAGUGGCAGAAACAGUAUUUGAGACAAUCAAUCUGGAGGCAGAUAAGGUAGAACAUAAACGUCGAGCAAAACACAAAUUUAAGUUUGACACGGACGAGAAAGAAUCAGAUUGUAUAAUCCAUGGCUACAUCAAGAAGCUAGGUGGCCCCUUCACCUCUGCCUGGCAGACCCGUUACGCCAAGCUUUAUCCAAACCGUGUGGAACUGCAUUCGGAAUCCAGCUCAGGCAAACCUGAACUCAUCUUCAUGGACCAGAUCGAUGAAGUGUCGUCAGAUUUUGUACAGAUAAAAGGGGAGAACUGCAUUGUCCUCAAGACGAAAGACAGCAAGAUUGUCCUGACAAAUCCUGAUGAAAUUGGCCUUAAGGAAUGGUCGAUAUCUUUGAGAUCUGCACACAAAAUGUCGCUGGAGCUUCUAAGCAAUAUGGCAAAGAAGGCUGGCAGAAUCUAUGGGACAGAAGGGAACAACAAGCCCUCCUUCAUGGCUCGUAAUGGCAAUGGCAACUGAGCAUCGAGGAUAAGGCCCAAGUGGACAAGUGUGCUGUGUGUUAUUAUUUUGACCAACCACGAUUCUCAAAAGAACCAGAAAACUGUUAAGACACUGGCAAACAUCUUCCUCAUUAUUCAUGUACAGAGUUGAAAUAACUUCCAUGAGUGAAGAUCUGUUUGGUAACCAGGGUUAUUCCUUGCACAAAAUUUAAUGUCAUCUGGUCUUUCUUCAGCACAGAAAUAUUCAAUUAAUGAGUCCUACAAAUAAAACACAGGUGAUCUUGAAAGUAAACUGUGAUUAGAUUAAGAAUAAUCUAUUCAGAGUGAAGGACAAUUCAUAGGUUAUUUUUGUCCCUAGGCUUCAUGAUUCUAAUGUCCUGUAGAGAGCUUCUUGGUUCAUGUAUGAGAAAACAGUCAUUCCAUCUGGUUUCAUAGAACCCUUUGAAGUUUGUGAUAUAGAUUCUCAAGAAAUACUUUUUUAACAGUGAGUCUUUUAUGAAGAUGUAACUUAUGGUGCAUUGGUGAAAACAAAGAGUUCAGUCAGAAAAGGAAUAAAAGGAAUUUACCUAUUUUCUUGGAUUGACUGUACAUUUAGCUUGAUAAUGUAAUGUUGCUACCCUCUGCAGUUGUGUACAUUUAUGUGUCUAAAGGAAAGGGUUCAAGAUUUAAAAUCAUACCAUGCCUAUCUCAUGUUUCAUAGGCUGUAGUAAGACUGGGAUACAUGUAGGUGGAAAGAUAACCAUGUAACAGUUCUCCUGUUGCUUGUUGUACUCCAAAGGAUACUUUGAUCCUCAUUGUUCAUUUGAUGUAAAGAAAUGAGGUGGAGUUAAUCUUUGGACUUUUUAAGUGUUCACAGCUCUAUUUUUGUGCCAGAUGAUAGGAAUGAAUCUUUAGGAUUAACUGUUACACUGACACUGUGAUGUCUUACUAAGUGAGUGUGAGAUGAGAUGUGGGAUUAACUUAAUGUGUUGCCAGUGACAACAUGAGCAGUAAACCCCUAUGGUGGACCUGUUGCCAGCUUCUCUUGUUGACACUUUGUCAACUUUGGUGUUGGUAAAAAAAAAUUUCCAUGUUUGUGGUGUUUGUGUUUCCUUCAUUUGUGUGCACGUCAUUGUGCUGCUGUGAGAGUGAUUUAUGUACAUGCAUCAUCUCAGUAACACAUAAGAUUCUUUUAAGAUUUUACUUGAACAGUUACAGUAAAGUGGUACUGCAAGGUGCAUCCGAACAUGUACGCACAACCUUCCUCAAGCAGUGUUGGUGGACCUUGUGCACCAAACUCUAUGCUUGUGAUGAUUAUUUAGUGCAGUUUUCCUGUACUAUUUAGCAAAUACAUUUUGAUCCUUGUGAUAAUUGUGCAUUUUCCUGUCAUGGUGUCAACUGUGAAGCUGUGCAGUACUGUUCAAGUGAAGUACAAUAUCCAUGGCGGGAAUGACUAAUGUGUAUAUUGUCAAGUUUUGUCAGGAAACUGGUCACAAGGCUUCCUCCUUAUCAUACUUGGAAGGAAAUCAGGAACGGGAAAACCUCACAUUUUUUGACUAUUAUAUAUCCUAUCUGGCAUGUGAAGUGUCUUAUAUGCACCUUAAUACUAUAUAAUUUUCAUUGUAAUUAUGAAAACGUUAUUAAAUAAAUGAUGAUUUUAUUAA